AUGCUGCCGCACCUGUUCCCUGACCUUGCUGCUUUUCCCACAGUCGCUAACCUCAUUACACACCUUCGCACUAGUGACACUCGCUACCACGCUGCGCUUCCUGCUGAGUUCUGUACCAAGAACCCUCCCCCUAUGUACAUCACCCUCUACUACAUAGUCACCCGGCUCCCUGACUCCCUUCGCUUAGUCGGGGACCACUUCCUCUCAGUUUGCCCCACCACACUCACCGUUGACCUCCUCGAGGAGCGCCUCCUGGCAGCAGAGAAGAGCAUUGUCGCUGUAGGAGCCUCUCGUGGUGACCCCCGUACCCCCAUCUUUGAGGGGUGUUCCCCCGCCCCCCUCUUGCCCUCUGUUGCUUCUGCUACUGCGGCCGACCUCGUUGGCUUCGAGUCGGUCGGUGCUGCGUCUGCCCCUUGUGGGAGACACCGCACCGGCAAUGGCAAGGGGGUACUGGUCCCUGUACCUAAGUCCUCCGUACCGGCGACCGCGAUGCUGUCUAGGGCGGGGGUUGCUAUCUUUGAUCUUGACUAUGAUGCUAUUCUUGCUGCCAUGUAUGCUGUGUCUACUAGUGAUGAGGGUGACUGUUACGUGUGUGUUCUGCCUGACCCAGACAUUGAGGCUGCUGCUCUAGGUGCUGGUGAGGCUGCUGCUCUAGGUGCUAGUGCGUCUGCUGCUCCAGGUGCUGGUGAGUCUGCUCUCUCAGAUACCACGUCGGCUCAGGCCUUACACACCUUCACCCUUGACUCGGGUGCUUCCCGCUCCUUCUUUCGAGACCGCACCAUGCUUACGCCGCUUAGUCAGCCAGUGGCAGUCUCCCUGGCAAACCCCUCUGGGGGUCCUGUCCUUGCCCACUUCUCCACUGUCUUACCGUGUCCGGCGGCCCCUUCUGGUAUCCUGUCGGGUCUUUACCUCCCCUCGUUCUCUACGAACUUGGUGAGUGGUGCUGACCUGCAGGAUGGAGGGGUUCACCAGUUCACUCCUGCGAGUCAACAAGUGACCCACUGUACGUGUGCUCGGACGGGCCGACACUUGGCCACGUUUACCCGUCGACCGGGGUCGAGCCUGUACACACUGACUACUGAGUCUCCUCCGAUCGCUGAGUCUGGUCAGGUAGCCGCGUCGGGUCAGGUGUUUGCUGCGGCGUCCAGGUCUGGUCCUGAGUCUGCACCCUCCUCUUGUCGUCUCCUGUGUCACCAGACUCUCCUCUGGCACCACCGCCUUGGUCACCCCUCCCUGCCUUGUCUUCGAGGCAUGGCCUCCCGUCUCCUUGUCUCUGGUCUCCCCCGGUCCCUCCCUCCCUUUCCUCCGGGGCCUGCCCCCACCUCCGUUCCUUGCGUCGAGGGGCGGCAGCGCGCUGCUCCUCACUCCUCGGAGUUUCUUCCGACAGAGGCUCCGCUGCAGACGCUUCACAUGGACGUGUGGGGCCCAGCCCGCGUCGGUGGACAGGGUCACGAGUGUUACUUCCUGCUGAUGGUUGACGACUACUCGCGUUACACCGCAGUCUUUCCCUUGCGCACCAAGGGUGAGGUCACUGAGAGGCGGAGAGUUCUCCUCUGA